AUGAGUCAUCUACUCUGGAAAUACUACUGGGAUAACGAUGUCGACAGAUUUCGCCGUCUGUUGGCUCCUUCGGGCUUCAGUGCCCAGGCCGCAACAAAAUCCUCGGCGGUGAAUUUCUCUUCCUCUUCCGGACCUAACACUGGGGGACAUGCUACCUCACCGCGUCCCGGCUCUAAGGCGCGCAAAGGCUCGGGCUACGGCCCCGGGUCGCAAGGGUCAAAAGGUGGUCCGUUUGGCACCGCCGGAACCCUGGGAAAGUCGGAGGUCAACAGUCGUGAUCAUGCCGGUCUGACCAUCUUGCUUCGAGCCGCCUCGUCGCCGGCCCCCGAUGCUGCUUCCUUCAUCGAAGCCCUCCUGGACCACCCCGCUAUAGAUAUCUACGCUCGAGACUACGAAAGCGGCUGGAAUGCCCUGCACCGUGCUCUAUACGCCGGAAACAUAGCCAUCGCUCGCCUCCUGCUCCAGGCCGAACAAAGAAUACUUACUGAGACUCCGAGCGGGCCGGCCAACGGUCGAGUCGGGGAGCUGAUCAAGACUAAGGAUCGCGAAGGGAAUAGUCCCUUCGACCUCUACAACUCCACUAUUGCCACGAGAGAUGAGCGCGCUCAAGCUUCACUGGGGGAUGACUCUGACACAGAGUCCACAUUCAGCGGCGAAUCAAACAUAGACGACGUUGCUCACGGCUUCGGUCACGGGCCCCACGGGAUCCCCGGAGAUGAGCUGUACACAUUCGGGAGUAACAAAAACCAAUCGCUAGGUGUUGGGGACGAGAGCGAUAGACAGUUUCCCGAGAAACUUUAUCUUAACCGGCCUGAGCAGCUUAUCGAGUCUUUCUAUCAAGACUAUCUCUCGACGAAGGACGCGAGCACUGCGGACAGGUCCGAGAAUGGUAAGCCGGGUGGGAUCCCCACUCUUGUUCGAAGUAGACCUAUGCACAUCCGUGACGUUGCCCUCUCUAAAUUCCACAGCGCCAUCCUUACUGCUGACCCUGUCUCGAACCUCUAUAUCUGUGGAGUUGGCCGUGGAGGUCGUCUUGGUCUUGGCGACGAGAAUACUCGGUUCCGGUUUGUACCUGUACUCGGUGCCCUUGCUGGAAAGCGUGUGACACAAAUCGCGCUCGGCCAGAACCACACUCUUGCCGUCACCAGCCAUGGCGAGCUGUGGUCAUGGGGAUCCAACUCGGUCUCUCAGCUUGGGUACACGUUGCCGACCCCCGUAAGGGCGGAUGAGGAGCCCGUGAGUCUUACCCCGCGCCAGGUGUUCGGUGCGCUGAAGAAGGAGAUUGUCGACGGGAUCGCCGCUUCGCCAGUACACUCCGUCGCUCACACAAGCACAUCCCUAUACUGCUGGGGUCGCAACCUGGGCCAACUUGGUCUCAUGGAUGCCGAUUCACGCUCUCUUGAAGUGCAGGCAACGCCGCGAAAGGUCGCAGCGUCUUUGAUCUCUACGCCCAUUCUUGCGGUCUCGGCCAUCGAGAAGGCGACUACUGUUUUACUAGAAAGCAAUGCCGUAUAUGUCUUCACUAGCUACGGCUACAGCCUCAUCAAGUUUCCUGCCCCGGAUAUUUUUGCGAAUACGCGGUUCGGCGCGCCUCGCGCCUUUACUACACCCAGGAAUCUAAACAAGAUAAAAGCCAUUACGUCCGGUGGCGAGACGAUUGCCGCCCUGAGCGCUCGAGGGGAUCUGUUUUUGAUGAACCUGAACCAUCAAGUCGACACCAUGUCGUCUACCUCGACGACCAACCCUGCCAAGAUCAAGAAAUGUGCAGUCUCCCAGGCGCAGUGCAUCUGGAGCGCCCGGAAGGACGGCGUUACCUCCGUCAGCAUUGGAGAGCAUGGGUCCGUCAUCAUUUGCACGGAGUCCGGAGCGGUGUGGAGGCGGGUGAAGCGGGCCAAGGCCAAGGAUGGCACCACACCUGGCACGGCUGAUAUAAAGAGGAAAGACUACAAAUUUCAACGUGUGCCUGGCAUUACCAAUUCUAUCGCCGUGCGGAGCUCCACUUUUGGCACGUUUGCGACGGUCAGGAGGGAUUGCGUAUCCGUUACGGAAGGGAUUAAAGUUGGCGACCAGACACUCUGGGAUGACCUCGCGGCGCUCUUCCCUCUGGCCAAUUUUGAGCCGACACCGCCCCGCAAUAAGGGGGAUUUGAAGCUCUGGGACGACGAAAAGAAGAAUAACAGGAUUGGGCAGCUUGCCUACAACGUGCUGCGAUCCCCGGAUAUUGAAAGUGACCUCGAGCUGCAUUUGAGGAUCCUAUCCAUCGAUGAUAGUUCGGGCUCCGAUGCUGUCGUCAAUACGUCUUCCGUACCCGAACUCAAGAUUCCGGCCCACAGUUGGGUUUUUGCUGCCAGGAGCCCAGUUCUCCGCAAAGCUCUCGCGCAAUUCAGGGAAGAAGGGGAGGCAGAAAUCCCCGAGGUCCUGAAAAUUUGCCGUGAUAAAGAUUCCAAAACCUUGAUUACGUUUACUGGCUUGGAUAUUCUCUCGCUUCUGAACGUUGUCGUCUAUGUCUACCGGGACGAGGUCAUUCCCGUCUGGAACUAUCUCCGCCAAGUUCCCCGCCUAGCCUCCCGCUACCGUCAAGUCAGGGUGGAAUUGAUGAAGCUAGCGACCCGGCUAAGCAUGGCCAAGCUCGAGGCGGCUGCGCGAACACAGUCCAGAAUCAUCAAAUCUCUGGACCGAGAUUUUGCCCAUGCCAUUCAUGAUAGGGAUUUCUUGGAAAGCGGCGAUGUGGUCAUUGACCUUGAUGGGGCCGAGGUACCCGUUCACAGUCAGCUGAUGUGCCAGCGCUGCCCGUUCUUCUAUGGUCUCUUCCAAGGCCGGUCCCAAGGCCAGUGGCUUGCGGGCCGACUUGAAGACAGCGAAGGAGAGGAAGACAAAAUCCGAGUUGACCUCAGCCACAUAGAUCCGCAGGCAUUCCGCUACGUGUUGAUGUACUUGUACGGGGAUGUCGGGCUGGAGCUUUUUGAUGACGCAGUAUGCGUGAACAUAGACGAGUUCUCCGAGCUCGUCAUGGAGGUCAUGAGCAUUGCGAAUGAACUGAUGCUCGACCGCCUUUCGCAAAUAUGCCAGCAGGUCAUCUCUAGAUUCGUCAACACUCGAAAUCUCUCUAAUCUCCUAAACGAGAUCAGCCCGUGCUCGGUCACCGAGUUCAAGAUCGCCGGCCUCGAAUAUGCUUGUCUACACAUGGAAGCGAUGCUGGAGAACCAUCUGCUUGACGACCUUGAAGAUGAUCUCAUGGAGGAGCUCGAUGCCACCGUGCGGGACAACCAGCUCGCUCGCGCUCCGAUAUCGCGGAGCGGGAGGUCGGAAUUGUUGUUGCAUGAGAAGUAUCCCGAACUCGUUGAGGAUAUUGAUGAGGAGCGGCGCCGACGGACGAGGGAGAUGGCGUGGAAGGCUACGCAUCGUGAGGAUGAGAAGAAGUUGUCGGCCUCCUACCGGACAAAGUAUGGAAGCUUCGACGACGGGCUGUCUGCGUCUCCUUCCGUUGACAAGUUGCGCCGGAAGGGUAAGGUGCCAGCAGCCUAUGAGCCGAACAGCCCUAGUCUACGUCCCGAUGCUUCACAGGGCGAUAUGAUUUUCAGCAUGGACGAGGACGAUGCUCAACUGGGAUGUCCACAGUCUCCAAGUCUGCGCCCAACGGACAAGAAGAAUCUCCAGACGCCCGUAUCUGGGCCCGGGGACAAGGACAAAGUUGGCUUCAGAUCUCUUUCCCAGAGUCAAAGACGCCCACCGAUUGAAUCUACGAGUCCUGCUGGAAUCCCACAACAACAACUCCAGCCUCCAUCAACACCGUCGAAGCAAGAGAUUUCCCAAGGGAAUGGGAAGACUGCAGGGAGCCCCUGGGGAGCGGCGCCUCUAUCGACGAGUAAGUUGGAUCUCCGCACAAUCAUGUCGGAAACGUCCACCCCCGGUUCCAGGCCCUCUGGUAUUGCCGCGGGCCUAGGUCUAGCGGCGCAGAAGGGCAAGGAAGCGGCGCAAAAGCCGACGCCUACGAAGCUAUCCCAGAAGGAACGGAAGAAGCAGCAGCAGCUCGAGGCAUCUCAACGAGCCGCGGCCGAGCUUGCCGCGCAGGAGCAGCCGAAGAAGGCCUGGGAUACGCAAGGAGGUUCGGAGAAGUCGGCAGCGGCAGCACCGUGGAAGACGGUCGCUGCGUCGGCGUCCAAAACGUCUCUCAAGGAUGUCAUGUCAGCGGCAUCGAGCGAGCAACUAGUCAAGGCGCCGACGGCACCUAUGGGCGCGGGCGCUAUGAAACCUCUUGUGGCGACGGAGGCGGCGGGGCACGCUAUCUCCAUCCCGCGCCGUACAGCAUCGCCCGAUACUCGGUUCUCGGGACAACCGCGGGCGACGGGCUCGUCAUCUACGGCCUACAAUGGCGGUGCGCCGGCUUCUUCGUCUACAUCUUCGUCGCGGACGGCGCAGAAGCAACCGAUGGCACCGUACUCGAAGUCGUACAUUAAGCCGGCACCCAAGGCCGAGCCGACUUUCGGGAUGACCCUCGAGGACAUUAUCGGACAGCAGCGUCGCGAGCAGGAGCUCGUCAAGGAAGCCGUGGCCAAGAGGCCGCUUCAGGAGAUUCAGCAGGAGCAGGCGUUCCAAGAGUGGUGGGAUCAGGAGAGCCGACGGACGCAGGAGGAGGAGGCGAGGAGGGUUGCGAGGGAAAGGGAGAAGGAGAAGGAGAAAGAGAAAGCUAGUAAGCGUGGUGGGAGGAGAGGUCGCGGUGGCAAGCCGAGAGGUGGUGGGAAUGGGAGUGUUGGAGGUGGUGGCCCGUCUGGUAGCCAGCAGGGCGGUGCGGAGGCCAGCGGGGAGGGAGGCGCGCCGCGUAAUGGCAAUGGCAAGAGGAAUAGGGGGAAUGGCAAUAGAGGGGUGAGAGGGAGGGGAGGGGCGCAGACGACUGCUUCGUGA